AGCUCAAGAGCCAUGCAGGAUAUCAUCCCGCCUUGGGCAGAGAUGCCUGCAACACCACCAAGCUGCCGCACAGUGAGCUUCUCGCGCUGGUCGCGCUUCACAACAUCAGGAUCCGGCACACCGAACGGCGAACUGAAAGCCUCCAAGCUCUGCAUAAACCGCGGCACAAGCCCAACCUACAACCCUCCAGCGAACGAGUGGACCUACCUAGGCGCCGAGCAACCUCUACGAUGCGGCAAGCCAGAAGCGCAGCGAAGCAGACACCGCCGCCAGCAGAGCGUAAAUCAGUACUCGCAGCAGAGCGCAGAAACAUGUCCGAGCCUGUCGUCGACAGCGAGCACUACAGCUAGCAGCAGCAGCCAGACCGAGCCCAUGAACUUCCGGCGCCGCAACGUGCAGCGCGCAAGCACGAGUUCGCAGCUGACGGAGUCGUUCAAGGCGUCUCCUGUCAAGGGCGGCUUGGACCAGCGUCAGCCUCAUGGGAUGAUCGGUCUGAUGGCGAGACUGGGCCUUGACGCAGCGGACUGCGAGGAGCUGCCUUCAGCGUUUGACUCCGACGACGAGGACGAU